AUGACACGAGGAAAACAUAUCGAAAAAUCGGCAGCUAGAAUUGCCCGCGCCAAACCCGCCAACGUCCGAAAAGCGGAAAUUGCUCGAAUGUGUGCACAACGACAUGCAACAGCCGUAAGUGCUGGAUACCGCCCAUUGCCUCCUUCUAUCUUCGCCCCCGAGGAUUCCCAUCCGUCAUCGGAAGUCAGUUGGUGUUGUAUAAUCACGAAAUGGCUCUUUGUCGCCCCCAACUUUGAGCCCUCACAUUGGCUGGAAGGAGAUACUUGGAAGGAAUGGAAGACGAGUUCUAGUCUUUACAAGACACUUUAUGGUAUGUUGAAGACAUUCCGAUCAUUUGGGGAUUUACGCUAGGCGAGUGA